AUGAAAACAAAUCGAAUUUCACGACAAGCCGCAAAAAGUGAAUCAUAUCGAAGAAAAAUGUCUGAUACAAAUCUCACAGACGACGCCAAGGCUGAAAAUCUCUCGCGAGACACCACAGAAGAGUCCUCAGCUGUUGUACCUGCUCAAAAUGGCAACACAGAAGAGGCCAAUCAAGUUAUCGUCAAAAUGGAAGAUGUACUCACCAUUGAUCCUGAAGCGACGGAAGUUGAUCUCAACCAUGGGCGCAUCGGAAAAAUCGAAAAUUUGGAGCCUCUCGUCAAUUUAGAAAGACUUUACCUGCGUUGGAACAUGAUCACGAAAAUUGAAAACUUGGAUCAUCUCACAAAGUUGCAGGAGCUCGAGUUGUACGACAACCAAAUCACAGAGCUGGAAAAUUUGGAGAAUCUACGGAGCUUGGAAUGGCUCGAUAUGAGUUUCAAUCGCAUCACGCAACUGAAAGGACUUGAUACUUUGACAAAUUUGAAGAAAUUUUUCAUUUGUUCGAACAAAAUAUCGCAAAUUGAGAAUUUAUCGUCGCUCACGAACUUGACGUUGCUCGAGUUGGGCGACAAUAAGUUGCGAGAAAUUAAAAAUCUUGAUGCUUUAACGAAUUUAACGCAACUCUACUUGGGCAAGAACAAAAUAACAAAAAUCCAAAAUUUGGACAAACUCGUGAAUUUGACGUGUUUGAGCCUCCAAGCGAAUCGAAUCACAAAAAUUGAAAAUUUGGACAAAUUAGUGAACCUUACGGAACUCUAUUUGUCCGAAAAUGGCAUCACCGUGAUCGAAAAUCUCGAUAAUAACAAGCAACUCGAGAUUCUCGACGUUGCCAAGAACCAAAUCAAAACAAUCGAGAAUGUCAGUCAUUUGGAGUGUCUUGAAGAUUUUUGGGCAAAUCACAAUGCAAUCAGCGAUUGGGACAGCGUCGCAGUAUUGAGUGCCAACAAAAAAUUGGCCACUGUCUAUUUGGAGCACAAUCCCAUCUACAACGACGUUCAGUAUCGUGCGAAGGUCAAGCGAGCAAUUCCCUCGUUGACCAAAAUCGAUGCCACGCUAUGCAAAUAAUUGAGCUGGAGAGACAAAAUGAGGCGAAAUACAUUAAAUAAAAUUGAAAAAAAAAUGCAUGUUAACAGAGAGAAGUGACUACCUACCUAACCGAAUAGCGUUUUGUACCCAUCCACGAAAAUAGCAAUAAUACUAAAUAAAUAAAAAAAAAAAUCUAAAAUGUUUCAGUAAAUAAUUGAAGUUUUUUCCAUUUA